AUGGCAAGCGAUACAAGUCAAUCACCCGCAUAUCAAAGAUUCCAUAACUCUCGAAUGGAAUACGAGGCUUAUUUGCCACUUACCGAACGUGUCCAAGAUGAUCUCAAAAACGAUGCCGAGGAAUUGAGAGCACAAGAAGGAUGGGAUCAAGAUACAUGGAACGGAGUAGAGGAAUGGAUAGAUGAUAAGGAUACGAUAUUCAGGAAUCUGAGAAGACAUCGAUUUGAUGAGACAAAAACCCAAUCCUCCCUUCUAACAACUUUACAACAACGUAGAAAAUUGUCUCUUCAUUCCCCAAUACCAACCUUCCCGCCUUACACCGAAACGCCCUUGUUCUUCAUACUGCCAUUACCUGAACAUACAGAUCUACUCGGUCGUCCGAUAGCUGUAUUGACAGUUAGAGAAGUUGUCCGAGAUGCAGAUGGAAGGCUGGAUGAUCUCAAACAGUACGCGUGGUGGGCCCUGGAGAUGGUUAGAAGAGUGUUAAGGGAUUAUUGGGUAAAAGGCAAUUGGAGUCCAGAUAAGGGAAAAGGAAAAGGAAAAGGUGGAGAAGGAUUGUGUCUGAUAGUUGACGCCAAUGGUGCAGGAUACAGGAAUAUGGAAGUGGAACUUCUUCCAACGCUACUUUCAGUCGGACACAACAAUUUCCCAGGAAUGAUAGAAUCUGUAUAUGUGGUGAAUGCAGGAUGGACACACAGGCAAAUGUGGAACGUCAUUUCUAGAGUAUUACCUAAAUCCGCUUUGGAAAAAGUUGCUUUUCUAGAUAAUCAAGCGAGUUUAGCAGCUGUAUUUGAUUUUGACCAAUUACCACAAACUUACGGAGGGAAACAUUCAUAUACAUUCUCAACAGCGCAUAAUCCAAUUUUCAUCCAUUCUUCACAUUAUUCAUCAACUGAUCAUCCCUUUCUUGCCUCCCGGAAUUCCUCAUACUCAUCAAUUGCAGAUAUCUACUUUUCCGCACCAAAUACCCCAGCAAGAAGCCGAAGAAACAGCUCCGCAGGAGGAGGAGGAGGAGGAUGGGGUGUUGGUGGGAAAUUCGGAUCUAGAUUGAGAAUGACGAAAUCUCGAGAAGCCAGAUCACCUAUUGAUGUUGCCGAUCAGACGGAAGUCCCUGCGGAAAUGGAAAUUGCUAUAGAGGAAGUUACACCUAUACCGCAAAGUCAUACUCAUCCUUUUAAUGAUAAUCCACCAAAGAAAUAUCCUAUAUCCCGUCGAAAUAGUUCGAGAGCCUCACCUUCGAUUAUCGAUAAAAAGAUAAUCGAUAAAAAUGUUAUCCUCGGUAAUUCACAUACCAAUGGUACAGCCAACGAAUCAUCCCAAUCACAAUCUGCUUUGCAGCGCAUAAAAUCUUUAUCUGACUUUCACUUAUACCUAUCUCCAUCAAGAUUAGCUCAUAUAGACUUAUUGUCAGAUUCAGAUCCUGAAGAUGAUCAUACCUCUUCCCCUCCGCCACCACUGAAACGAACAUUAAAACCAGUACUAUUCGAAUCUGAUCGAUCACUAUUUGAAAGAAGAGAGAGGCCUCCUCUCAGAUUAUUGGCUGGAGGAAAAGGUGAACAACAGAAUGUUAGAAGUUAUUCAGAUAGACUACAAUUACACCAUGCUAAAGUGCUUGAACGAUAUACUACGCCCCAAAGCAGAUUAGGCCUGACUGAGAUGCCAUCCGACCUGGCUUCUCCCAAGGCGGACAGCUCAAGUGUCGUUUCCUCCUCUACCUCUAAUAGUGGUACGCCACUAGCUUUGGAUAGACUAGAACCCUCGUCGAUAGAUGAAAGUGCUACCGACACACCUGUCUCUCUUUCAGCUGAUCGACAUGUUCUGGGGGUAUAUGAUACCUCAAAUCCCUGGUUCGGAUAUCCAGUAGUCAGAGUACCAUCACCUUCAGGUGGAAGUCAGAUCCGACCUAGAUAUUCACGUAAUAGGAAAAGAGAUUUGAUCAAAACGCUGUUGUUCUUAUUCAUGUUAAGAUUACAAUCCUGGAGAGACUCGAUCGAACGGUUCCUAGGUCUCAAUGCAAUACUGAAUAGAAAUAGAGAUAUCAAAGCGAAUGGAACCGUUGGACCUAUAGAAGGUUUAGUAUCUUCUACGAUAGGAGGACGAGAAGUGAUGCGGAAAAAGGGGGAAAGGGAUUGGUGGUGGAUGAUCAUUGGUUUCUUGCUAUUACGAGGGACUUGGUCAAGAAUGUUGAUAGCGCCCCUAGAAGCUGUAGGUUGGGGAAGAGAGAUACUAGGGUUGUAA